UAUGUGCUCAUAGAUUUGACCAAUUGCAUCGUUUCCUGCUCGUCACUGCUGCUGUACGAGGUGAAACAUCAACAUGUCGACAGAAAAACAAGAUGUUUGAUAGAAACGAAGAAGAAGAGGAGGAAGAGCAGACGUGGAAAAUGUCUCAUUUAUGACAACUUUCGUGUGCAUGUGUGUUUCUUUGCUGCAGUCGGCGCUAAGUGGGAGGAGUCAGAGGUGGUGAACUCCACGCAGGGUUUCUAUUCGCUGAAAGGCCUCCAACCAGGAUCUCAGUACCACCUGAUGAUCAAGCACGAAAACGACACCAUGUGGGAAGAUGUGAAGUGGACCAUGGGACCAGUGCCGUCAGAGAUGCCCGGAGGCUUCGCCACCCAGGGUUGGUUGAUAGGACUCAUCAGCGCUAUCGUGCUGUUGGUGCUGAUUCUGCUCAUCCUCUGCCUUAUCAAACGCAGCAAGGGCGGCAAAUACGCAGUGAAGGACAAAGAGGACAAGGAGGUGGACUCUGAAGCUCGGCCGAUGAAAGAUGAGACCUUCGGAGAGUACAGAUCUCUGGAGAGUGACGCAGAUGAGAAGCGCUCAGACAGCCAGCCGUCUCUGUGCGGGGAGAGCAAGCUGGGCAGCGACGACUCUCUGGCUGAAUACGGGGACAGCGUGGACAUCCAGUUCAACGAGGACGGCUCGUUCAUCGGCCAGUACAGUGGCCGGGGGCCCGUCACCCACGGCAACGAGAGCUCUGGUCCCGCCUCUCCCGUCAACGCAGUCCCGCCUCCACCCAUCGCUCCAUCCAUGUCGAGCAUCCUGAACCGGCCCAGCUAGACACACACAUACACACGACAAAAA